GUUGAACCAAGUGCUCCAAGGCCCACUAGCGAUGAUAGACGUCCGACUUCUUGUACUUUUUCGAUUUAUCACAUUGAAAAGUCGACAUUCAGCCUUGCUGCUGCAUACAUAAUUUUGGUGCUGCUGCUAAGAAAGAUAACGUCUUUUCUUACUUCAGUCGCCAAGAUGAUGCGAGCUCCCCGCGCGCCGCCUCGUAGCGCGCUGGCACUUCUUCGAGCGCAGCAAAGUAGCGUCGUUCGACAGCAGUACAAUAUUAUUCAUAGCCGGAACCUCUCGAUCCUUCCCUGGCGACGGAAGCCACCAGUUCAACCGAUACCAGUAUACUUUGCAAAGCCAUCCCCAAAAGCAAAGAAUGGCUCAUUCGGCCGACGCCUCGGACGAACUGCAGUUACGAUCUUCAUAUAUUACAUGUGUCUACAGGUAUUCUUAUCAGUAGUCAUUGACCCGUUGCUCGACUGGGUCGAAGUAGAAUGGAGCGAAAUGUCCGAUAAGGAAAAGGAGGAGAUGGAGCGAGAAGCCGACGAACGAGCGCCGCUGCUGUUUCUCCCGUGUCCAUUCACCACGGAGGCCAUUGCGCAACCUCCGUAUAAGGGCUCCGAUCCCGAAUGGAAAGAAUUUCUCUCUGUCAACAAAGAUGCCGAGCUACAAGAUCGCAUGAAGGCCCAACUUGCCGAGCUGAUCCGCCGCAACAUUGAGAAGAACAGCACAUAUCACCGAAUUCUCGGCAGCAAUAAAAUUUCGAUAAACAAAUACUGGCUCGACAUUAUUUACCCUGUUCGACCGCCUCCUAUUUACCAUGUCUCCGGGCUGAUGCUGAUGGAAGACGGACUGUUCUGGGGACCGCAACCGAUGGAUGCCAUGGCUGCGGAAAGCCUGGACAAGGUGUUCUACCCAAAGGCCGUUGCCGUCGCAGCAUGGACACUGAUUAGCGUCCUGACGAAACAAACAGUCGCUGGUAUUAGCCACGCCCUGGGAAUGUCUUCCCCAGAAGAUGAGCGCGCUAUGUCGCCCAACGAGCAGCGCCGGUUUGACGCCUUCAAGGCCAAGCGAGAAGGUGUCUGGAAAUCAGCAUCGGAGGUUGUUGAUAAUGUUGUUCUACACACUACAUUUCAGACAAUGGCUGCCCUUCAGAAGAACUGGUCACAUACAAUGCACCCCCCUACCCGCGGGUGCAUCCGCGUCGAUGGCAUCGUCGAAGUCAAAGGACCUUCAGCCAUCAUGUCUGUUUGGGUUCUCGGCUGGUACGAUCCCAAGCAACGCAAGUACAUCAGCCUACAUACCCGCCUCAAACAUCUUAUCCCAAGAGUGCAGCGCCCAGCACGAAACUAACGAACCGAACUCCCCUUUUAACAUCUCUAUUUUUGUUCUUGUAUACUAGUCAUCAUUCUACCGGCGUUAUCAUGGACCGGGCACAUACAUAGUCACUUUUAGAUACCAAAGCUUGUAUUCAAUAUUCCAAAUAAUCCAAAAGUUUGUUAAAAAGUCCUAGUCUCUCCUUUCUCUACCGAAUUAAAAAAAAGUCAGUUGAUGUUUUACAAGCUGAUGAUAUAUAUGUAUUGGAUUCCAAUCAUUACGUCUUUAGUCUUCAUGCCACAAAGAACGCGGGCCUUCCUCAGCCCUUACCUAAACGCCAAUUGCGCCCGAAAUCAAUCUUGUUGCCCAACACUCUUCAGUUUUUCGCCAAGUUCACGUAGGCGGUAAAGACCUCCAGCUCGGCCUCAGGACCGCCUUCAACUCUCUCCUCUGCGGGGAUCGCAGCGAUGACGUGUGUCUCAAUUACGUUGACACCUGGGCGUAGCAUAACUUCAAACACGCGAUCCUGUUGGGUAUGGUCAGGGAAGGCGUGCGGUACUUGCUUAAGAAGCUGUUUGUCGAUGAGAACCCAUAGGGCAAAGUGGCGCUCCAUGAGAGCGUCAGGGAUACCGGGCGCAAUGAACACGCGGUUUACAUGGGAAGGCAGGUUGAUUGUGGCCGCUUGCUGCAUGUACUGGGCGUCUGGGAAUACAGAACCAACGAUAGGUUGGUCAGCAUAGAUGCUUUGAUGGGCACGCAGGUGUAGUCUGGUUAGAAGAGCAUCGUGGACACCUGAAAUAUCUUGUUAGCUAUGUGCUUGGAGAAGUUGGUUAGUCAUCGUUAAAACGUACCUUUGCCACCCUCACGCUGUCUGCGGUACUCGAGAGGGAUCUUGGGCACAGGGGGAGGUAGAGGAACUGGUGUCGCAGUUGCUUCUUCCGCCUGCUUAGCAGAGUCGGCUGGUGAUUCCCCCUCUGCAUGUCCGUUUGUUGGCGCCGGUGUUUCUCCAGGAGACUCAGUGCCAGGAGCUGCACUGAGUGUUGCUCUUCUUGAGCUGUCACCGGUUCGAAGUCGAAUUCUUGACGGCGCGGGAUCCGGCACAGCAGCUUGUGCUUUCUUCAACUGUGCGCGGAAGAUUUUCUGAAGAUAGGUUAGCGGGGAACUCCUCAAACACUCAGGUUAAACGUACCUCGAGCUCUCUAGCAAGCUCGUAAAUCUCACUGCCCUCCUCAUUAUAAAAGUAAGCAUUGUCCCAAAGGAGUUGAGAUCGUUCUUCAAAGGCAGCCCAGUUUUUGAAUUCAGACACUCCGGGCGUAUCAUGUCGACUUUGGGUUCCCUUGACAAUCUUUUGCAGCUUUCGAAGGGAAAGAGGGUCCGCAACAAUACGGUAGUAGUCCUUCAGAGCUCGAGGGGGCAAGUUGAUGAAUGGUUCAAAGUACGGGCCUUCGUAUUCGGGCUCUUGGUGGCGCAGCACCUCUUCAACGACCUUCUCCUGAGCACGUUGGAAGUUCAGGCUCUUGUAAGGAACAUUGAGAUAUUCCUGGUCGUUCUCCGAUUGGGCGGGCGCGGCUGGCUUGGGGCUAUUCAUGACGUCCGACUUGCGGGGACGGCCACGGCCGCGUUUUACUACAAUUGAUCGUCGACGAGAUGUGGGUUCCUCUUCUUCUUCCUCUUCUUCAUCAUCAUCUUCGUCCUCAGCCUCCUCCUGGUCGUCUUCGUCGUCCUCGUCAUCCUCAUCGUCGUUUUCCUCGUCGGGAUUACGGGGAGGCAACGGUGUCGGGGCUGCUUGGUAUCCGCGUCUGUUGUAAGCAGGGUUGUUCUUGGUCAUAUAGUUGCUCAACGUCUUGCGAAUUCGCUCUGCAUCGUCGAAGAUGGAUGAGGAUCGCGGGUAGAAUUCCUUGGCGUUUGAAAUCAUUCGCUUGAAGAAGCUCUCUAGUUCGGCAAGAUUUUUGAAGUCGCCGUUGUUGAGUUUUUCUUCGAUGAUUUCAAGAGACACGGGGAGUCGGGUUUUCUUGUAGUAGGCAGAGUUGCCUUCUCUGGGG